AUAGUGUUCAAAAGUACUCCAUGUUUCGUCUUUCACGACUCAUGCGGUUUCGAAGCGGGUGGUGAAGAACAAUUCGAGAAGAUGAAGAAAUUUGUCUCAGAACGCACACAUGCGAAUAAAUUAGAGGAGCGAAUACAUGCUAUCUGGUAUUGUAUUCCAAGAGGUGACGGAAGUCGACUAUUCCAGCAAUCAGAGGAGAAGUUCUUCUUACAGUGCGACACUGGGUGCAUGCCCGUAGUUGUGGUGUUCACAAAGUUCGAAACUCUGAGUUCAGUCACGUAUGGUCAAAUCAAGAAGCAACUACAAGGGGUAUCAACAGAAGAAUGCUCAAAAAGGAUUACCCAACGCAUCGAAGAGCUGUUCACGAACACAGGUGUCUUGAAUAAGUUGCGCAAACCUGAAAACCGUGCCCGUUAUAAGUCUUAUGUACGCUUGGAGAAUAUGAACAAACCUCAUACAGACUGCAGCACUCUACUGGAAUGCACUACUCUCACACUGGACAACGAAGAAUUGCGGUUGUGCCUGCUGUUGACACAACAAUCGAACCUGGAGCUGUGCAUCAAGUGUGCCGUC